AUGGGCUGUUCGAAUUCAACGAAAAAGCAGGAUACUGAUGCUGGAGGUCGUCGAUUAAAUGGAAGCGGUGCAAAGAAUCUAUUCUACGCGACAACCGAAUUCGAUAUAUCAGCAUCCGAAGAUGAAAAUGAAGAGAAAAUUCUUUCGACAAAAUCAAUGACAAAUAGGAACAAACGACAACUAACAAAGAAAAUUGAAGAACUGUCUAGUGGAUUAAAUACCUCCAACACAAAUUCAUUACCAGGAACGAACAGUUCGUUACUAGACAGCCGUCUUAAGCAAACAUCUGUUUGA